AUGUCUUUGGAGUUCGGUUCGGGUGAGGCCCUUCAGAUAAAAUGCUCCUACAUGAUAGAAAAAUAUAAGAAGAAGCUGCAAAAGGUGAAGCAGCUUAAGAGGGAGCUCAAGGCGUCGCUCGAGAAAAAGAGGAAAGAGAUCUACAUGGACAGAUAUUUUCUCAAUAAAGAGAAAGAGCACCUAUACAGCGAACUGGCCAAAGAGAAAGAAAAAAUCGAAACGGAACAUCUCGAAAAAACGAAGGAACUAUACAACAGCUACUUUGCAGAUAUAUUUCUGUAUGAACAGGAAUAUUAUCAGUGCAUUUAUAAGGUCUUUAAAAAUUUGCUUCUUAAAAAGGAAGAAAUUGACGAGAAGGAAAGGCGCGUCCUUAAGUUACAGGAAUACGCCUGGAUGACGCUUUCAGACAGGAACGUAGGCGAAAGGGAAAACACACACUCAAAAAAAAACGCAAAUGCAAACGCAAACGUAAACGCACGUGUCGAAAAUAAGACGGGAAGUGCUGACAGGGCCCCGAUCAACCAGCCGGAGGAAGCGGACCAUAGCCGGGACGACAAACAUUUCGAUAUAGAAAAUUUAUGCGAUUUGAACAUUAACGAAAUUUAUCAAAGCAUCAUACUGGACCAGGGAGAACGUCCACACAAUUUAAGCAACAAAAGUGAUGAGUUCUCUGAGUCCAUUAUGGGGCAGAUUCAAGGGGGGACUAACUCUCCCCCGUUCUUGGAUGAACAAUACCAAUUUGGCAGUGAACACUGUAGCAGUGUGUCUGGAACGGAAAAAAGUGGCACGUUUAAGGAACACCAAUUUUUGGAGCUCAGUUCACGCGGAAGGAAGGAUACCCACACGGAAGAGUUACGUAACCCUCUCGAAGGAGAAGAUGAUCAGCCCUAUGUGGAAGAUGUACUUUGUGAGCAUGACGUGAUCGACUGGGACGACGCAGCCGAGGAUGACCACUCAGGUGGAGGAAAAAUGUCCACCCACCGUGAAGAAGACAAAGAGAGCACCCUUUCCAAAUCGGGAGGAACAGAACAAUACGAGGAAAUGCGCGAAGAGGGAGAAGUUGGCCUGCGUGGGAGCAUCCAUUUUGCUGACCAGAAGGAAGAAAUAAAAUGCCUCACAAAUGAGGAAACAUCUAAAGGGGAAAAACAUUACCCAAAUGAGUACCACCCCAAUAGUAAUGAUGAAUACAUAACUAGGGACCAUUUAGAAGCUGCGGAAUGUAUGAGCGGUGAAGAAGUGGAUGGACAGAAUCGACGCAGCGCCAUCGAUGCUAAUCCGCUGAGCAACGCAGUUGAAGAAGAGCUACGAAAUAAUGAUAUAAUUCAGAACAGAUCGGUGGCAAAUCCGCAAAAGGAGAAUGCGGAACUAGACCAAGUGAUAGAAAAUAACAUCGACUUUAAUAUAUCGAGCUACUUUAGUGGAAGCUACGAAGACAUAGCUGAUUGUGAGGUGUUAGCCCUAAACGAUGAUGCCGCUGACGAACCGGAAUAUGAAAUGAUCGAAGAGCGCCUCUCUGGUGCCGAUUUGGAAGAGCUUGGAGACUCCCCUGAGAAGAACCACGGAAAUGAAGGGGACACACAAUAUGGGGAAAUAUGCACAGUAGAGGAUCCCACCAAGCAAACAAACCCAAACAAGCAAAUCGACCACGUAAUGCAAACGAACCAAAUCAGUGCAAUAAUAAAUGAGGAAGAGCCCUCCCAAGGAAUAAACCCCUUCCCCUUCAACGAGAACGUUCACAACUUCUACAAUGAGUAUGAACACAUGAGAAGGUUCAAUGAAGAUAACGACAAAAUUCAGUCGUCCAUUUUUAAGACGCUCUAUAGUUACCACAACGAGUAUUCCAUUCCGAUAGAAAAAAUGCAAACCUUUGAAAAUUACGUGGAGGAAAUUGGCCAGCUAGAGAAUUAUGAGCAUAUCCUGAGUUUCAUCAACGGAGGGGGUGAAGACCAGCCUGGCGCGGAUUGUAAUAAUCACCCGAAUGGAAAUUCUCACGAUAUGGCGAAGCAACCAGUGGACAUUAAGGUGAACUCCAAUUUGGGUCUACACACAGUUAAAGAACUAAUAAAUUACGUGAGUUCAACUGCUAAGGGGAACGAUAAUGAAAAAAGCGGCUUCAAAAAAAAGCACAGAAAAUGA